AUGCCCAAGAACGGUUUUGGAGCGCAGAUUAUGAAACGCCAGUCCUCUGGUGAUUCCACCAUGAGCGAUGGGGCAUCUUACUCCUCGCACCCGCUCCAACCUAAGAGCGAGCCUAGUCCCUCUCCGACCUUCAUCCACGCACAGGCACUGCCACCUACAUACCCCCAGAUUCAAUUCGUCCAUGUCCCAGGACACCCAUCCGCCAAACCCAUCCGCCGUCCAACCAUCGACACGAGUGACCUCGGUCCCAACGCCGCUUCCCUUCACCCCCACGCAUCCAUAUCCACAACAUCACCAGCAUCCACCUCCUCCUCCACCGGCAUCCCCGUCCCCUCCCAAGGCCCCCCACAAACCGUCCUCGACAUCCAAUCACUCGACCUCCUCCUCACCCAAACCUUCCAAUCUCUACAACAGCUCCAAGCGCUCACGCGGCAGACGGUGCUGUAUCACGAUCAAGAACGGAGAAAGUGGCGGAACCACUGUUUGACGUUUAAGCAGGAGAGGGAUUUUGCGAGGCGGCAGAUGAUGCUUUUGAGCCAGGAGAGGGUGAGGUUGAUGGCGAAGGUUGGGGAGAGUCAGGGGAAUGGCCAGGCUGGGCAAGGGCAGGGCGCUGUGUCGUCGACGUCUGGUGGUGCUGCCUCGACGGAGCAUCAGAGGAGGAAUAGCGAGCCGAUUGUUCAGAGCUCUUCUGAUGCUAUGGAUACCUCCUCGAAUGGCCGACCUGCUAGUCCCAGUGAGCAGCGAAAGGCAGCACGGGAUUCGAGGCGGCAUUCCCCCUAUUUCAACGAUAUCCUCCGCAGAUCGACGUCUCCCGUUGAUUUUGCAUCCAACGACCACGAGACGCCACCUCCAUCCGUCUCUUCCACUACAACCGCCUCUUCGCUCGCCCAUGGCGCCGGAGGGCGUUCGUUCUCCUCACCACCCAACUCGGCGGCGCAGGUGUCAUCGCCAGUUCAGCGUCCCUAUACUGCCACUCAACUGCCCCCCUCCCGUCCUCAUUCGACUGCUAACCUGUACGUCACGCCCCUGUCUAGUACUUCAUCAUCGGAAUACUUGACGAGCGCCAUCUCAGAUGACGGAACGAACACGUUCGCCCGUAUCGAUGUCGAGGAAGUGCACUCCUCUCCCGCUGAAGAGCUCGAAACCGACAUGGACACCGGCGUCUCAGAGGGCGUGGCACCGCACCCACACGCACAAAGAACAGAGCAGCAUAGUAUUAUGGGCAUGGUCGCAGGCGACCCGCGCGUCUUCCCCGACCGGUACCCCCAACCGCCCACACCCGAACCCACACGGCCCAUCCACACACACCACCUCGACGCCAUGUUCGCGCAUACGAACAAUGGGCAGCGGCUUUGUCGGUUGUGUGUGUUUGGCGGGCCGGGGGAGGAGCAGGGCCCGUGUUGGAGGGGGACGCCGGUGUAUUCGGUGGAGGUGAGGGAGGAGGUGUUGAGGAGGCAUGUGUUGAGGUAUCAUUUGGAGGAGGGGGAGAGGGUGGCGGGGAUGGAGAGGGAGGGGGUUGAGGAGGUUAGGAGGGGGUUGAGGGAGGAUCCGAGGUUGAUUCUUCCCAGGGAGGAGUAG